AUGGAGCUACGAGAGACCAGCCUACUCCAAGAUCUGACCCCAAACCCAACCGUCGCAGCGGUCGGUCUGCACAUGGCCGGCUACGAGCUGCUCAAGCCGUCGAUUUGGACGAUUCUGAUCGACAAAUGCCCACCAGUUCCGGAAUCUCAGAUCAUCCGGAAUCGUCGUUUCCGCCACCUGGGCGGGAUCGGACCACCUCGGCUCAGCGAGAGCCAUCCACGCCAAGCGUACCGGCGCCGCAAGCAUGGUUCUUCCAUGGCGGCCGGCCAACACACCCAACAAAACAAGAAGCAGCGCGCCAAGCUGCAAGGUAGCCAGCACAUCGCACGACGCUUUCGCCACCGGACGAAGCGACAUUAUCACCAACCGCCGUUGCUGUACGGCACUAGUUGCGAUGGCGGCCGGCUACACUCACCACGAACACCAACCCGCUGGAGCGGAUUCCAGCAACUCUCGCCACGGAGACGUCACAUCGUCGUCCAAACACAAGCAGCGUUGUUCGGGUUACAGCGGUCAUCACGAGAACCGAAACGACCCAGCGAGCUGUCCUCGCACUCUACCGGUCACGGUGGAGCCUCACGCAUCCGCACGUCAGUCGAGUGGACUCCUGGCCUCGCACGGGGAAGGAGCCGCCGGCGCGAGAUCCGGUCUUCACUCUUUAGAAGAGUCGCCAGUCGAGUGGACUCCUGGCCCAAGCUCGGGGGAAUCGAGCGCGUUCCUGGAGCAUCUGUAAAGAGGAACAAGGCCUCGCCGUGUGGGUUCGUGGAACCCCGCGGCUGGGACUUGAUUACAGGCAAGUACCCAUUGUGUUCCUCUCUUACCAGACCCUCAGUCGCCCAUUCUUUCCAGCAACAACCACACCAGCUGAAGAAUGCCGCCCGACAAUCCACCAGAGCGCCAGAACCGUCGAUCCAACCCAGCAGUUGUACGAGGAGCAUCUGUAGCCAGCAAAAAGCCUCGUCACGUGGGUCUGGGAGACAAACUGGACCCCGUGACUGAGACUUAACCCAAGUUAAGUACUCGCUUACCGUACAAGCAGCCCCUGCGCUCACCUCUUCUCGUUACAGCUUGCCACCACUUGGACAUCUACCGCCGGCUCGACGUCGGCCACUGGAAGCUGUAGCGGGAAAACAACGAAGAAGAUGCUUCAACCUGACUACCACAAGUGAUCGUCAUCUACUUGACCACCACAUGUCUCGUCCAUAUGUGUCCAUUCGCGGUUGCGCCCGUGAAAACCCUAAUUUCAUUGGCGGCCGGAAUGUUAAAUACUAUGUGUCUAGUUUUGUAAUGAAAUUUGAUAUUUUGCAACCCUGACAACUAACCAUAGACAAUAAUAAGUGUACUUACCCUAGUUACCUAACCCACCUGUAAAACACACACAAAUUACAUGCAAACACACAACAUACCAACUUGUAAGCCCUACACCAAACAUGUAAAUACCUACAGACAAAAC